AUGCGUGACAUCAUGCAAAAAACCUGCGUUCGAUUUAAAGAGAGGAGUGGGGAACCAGACUACGUGUACAUCGAGUACGAAUUUUUAGAAGGAGCCUCUUAUUCUCAUCUCGGGAGAAAAGGUGGCAUGCAAAGUUUAGCUGUUAGCAGUGGGAGUCCUGAAAAAAGAACGGUCCUGCAUGAGUUGGGGCAUGUCUUGGGAUUGGAGGAUGAGCAUCGACGACCGGAUCGAGACCGCUAUAUCGAGGUUUUAUGGGCCAACCUUGAUUUGUUACAGAAGGUGGAGCUGGAGUUGCCAUUCGAUUCCACAUUUCUCGGUUACAGAGUAAAAUCGGCGUCUGUCAUUUGGUCCGUUGGUGUCCUUCGUCGUCAAAUGCCUAAGAAAUCAACAGCUGCAAAAUGGACUCCAGUAUCAAUCCCUGUGAACGAUUUAAAUCCAUUUUUGCUGGAUUUUGCCUCAAUUUUGGAGGAAGGAGUCGGCGAGCAUUGGGUGAAAAUUGACGAUUUCGAAGUUCGAUACAAGCCGUGUGCGGACCAGGACCUGAACCGGACGGAUUCAAAGAAAUCAGACACGACUCAGAACCGAAGCAUUUCCCAGAAGAAAACCAGUUGGUUGAAGACUUGUCUCUGGACCAAAUGGAAAUGGCCCUCCAGGAAGCCUUCGAAAUCCCCUCAAAGGAUGCCCUCGAAAAUGUAUCUGUCUUCUCCUUAUAGUUCACCAAGGACAUUAUUAAGAGAAGCGCUUCCUUCGUUUGAUGUUCAGAGUCCUGUAAAAUCCUCCUUCCGCCAAAGGGCUUAG